AUGUCAAGACGCAGUAGCCGGUUGCAAGCCAAGCAGCAGCAGCCACUGUCAUGUCAAGAAGAGUCUCCACAAGAACUGCAGGCAUCAGAACAGCUCCAGACCAGAAAAAGGAGAACAGCAGAGGAGAUUAAGAAAAGAGAAGAUGGGAAAAUUGCUAAAAAGCAUCAAUAUGAGAUUAAGAGUUGUUGGCCGCCCAUGAUAACAGGAGGCAUCUCGCCUUGCAUAAUUAUUGAAACACCUCACAAAGAAUCGGUAACCACUGACUUCUCCAGAUUCAAAAAAUACAGGUUCAGAAACCUCUUCAUAAAUCCAUCACCUUUGCCAGAACUCAACUGGGGAAAUUCCAAAGACGUCUGGCUCAACAUCCUGAAGAAGGAGAACAGAUACGCUCAUUGCAAACAUUUCACAUCGCUACAUUCUAGUUUGCAACCUCAUAUGAGAUCAAUACUGUUAGACUGGCUCUUAGAGGUAUGCGAGGUGUAUGCACUCCACAGGGAAACCUUCUACCUAGCUCAAGACUUUUUUGAUAGAUUCAUGUUGACACAAAAAAAUAUUAACAAGAGCAUGCUUCAGCUCAUAGGAAUUACCUCAUUAUUCAUUGCCUCCAAACUUGAGGAAAUCUACGCUCCUAAAAUACAGGAAUUUGCUUACGUCACUGAUGGUGCUUGCAGUGAAGAUGACAUUGUCCGAAUGGAACUUAUUAUGUUAAAGGCUUUAAAAUGGGAACUCUGUCCGGUAACAAUCGUCUCUUGGCUGAACCUCUAUCUUCAGGUGGAUGCUCUGAAGGAUGUUCCUAAAGUGCUGCUACCUCAGUAUUCUCAGGAAAAAUUCAUUCAGAUAGCACAGCUCUUAGACCUGUGUAUUCUGGAUGUGAAUUCUUUGGACUUCCAGUACAGAACACUAGCUGCUGCAGCGCUCUGCCACUAUACCUCAAUCGAAGUAGUUAAGAAAGCUUCAGGCUUAGACUGGGACAGCAUUUCAGAGUGUGUAGAAUGGAUGGUUCCCUUUGUGCGUGUGGCCAAAAAAGUCCCUGUGAAGCUGAAGAACUUUAAGAAGGUUGCAGUAGAAGAUCGACAUAAUAUCCAAACACACACAAAUUAUUUGGACAUGCUGGAAGAAGUCAACAGUGGAGUAGCAUCUACUGCCCCAGGUCAGCUAUCACCUGUGUCAACAGGAGGAAUAAUAACCCCUCCCAAAAGUACAGAGAAGAAAUGAAAUAUGGAUAACAAACAGUUUCAGGAACAGGACUUGGCACUUCAGAACAAGACCACACUAAAGAUGACUCAUGCUCUUUACUGCUGUUCAAGACUUGGGCAGUAAAAGAUGCAUCAAACAGCAGCAGAUGGAAGCUGAGACCGGUGUCCUCCUCCAGACUUGGUAAAAGAUUUAGACCAAGCAUCCCUCC